GUAUGGAUAUGAUUUAAACCCUUUAGCUAUGGAAAUAGAUCAAAACAACACUACAAUAAAAAUUCUCAGAUCUUAAAAGUACCUUUGAGUCAAUAGAUUCAAAUAAAAAUGGAACGAUAGAAUUAAAUGAAUUAUCUUAAGAACUUAUUAAUAAUCAUGAUAUUACAUAGAAAGAGUAUAUAAAUAAUUAUAAUUUAAAAUUAGCUAGAUCUAAUCUAUAUUUUAAUACUUGAACAUAUCAAAAAAUGGAUAGAUUACAUUAGAAGAAUUUGAAAAAUAAUGGACAAGUGCUGAAUAAUAAAUUUAAUAAGAACAAAAUAGAUAGUAAUUCUAAAAAUAGAAACAAUAAGUCUAAUCCUAUAUUUAAACAAAUUAAUAACUAAAAUCUUCAAUCAUUUAAAAAUCUACAUUAUAAAAAUCAGGAUCUGCCUAAUAAUUUUCAGAUUUAUUUAAUAGUUAUAAAUCAAACAAUUCACCAACUAAAUACAUAAAUAUCUAAGGAGAUUUUUCAAUUAAUUAGUUUAAUACUCCACCUCUUUUAGAUAGAAGAAAUUCUCCAUUAAAAGUUUUAUCUCCUCCAAAACCAGAAUAAUAUCCAAAAACAAAAUAAGAAUCUAGAGAUGAUAAAUUAAGAGAAAUGUAAAGAUAAAUAUCUUAUUUAUUUAAUUGUAAAAAUGAUUAAAAAAAUUCAACUCCAAGAUUAAAAUAAAAUUUAGAUACAUUUAUGAAUACAAUGAAAUUAGGUAAUGGUGUAGGAAGAAGAUCUAGUGGACAUACUUUGAGAUAUGAAAUGAAGACUUAGACAAUUUCACCUAAAUUAUCUGAUUAGAUAUCAUUAUAAAAUUAUGCUUAUUAAUUUAAUGACAUGAAAAUGUAAUUUAAAUAAACAUACACUGGAAAUAAAAGUAAUAAUAACAUUAAGGGUAAUACAUUUUUUAGGAAAUGA